GCGGCGCAGCGAUCUUUGGGCGGGAGUGCGGUGCGACGCGGCGAGAGCUAGGCGCACGUGUUUGCGGGUAGCGAUAGAAUUAUUUCUUUUGCGCGUAAUCGCUCCGCCCGUAUAAAAGUCAGUUCGCCGCCGCACGUAGGUUUACACUGUUGUUCCCGGUCUCGCAUCAGGUCUCACAAUGUCUGCAAGCAAGCCAGCUUACAAAAUAGCCGACAUUGGCUUGGCUGAUUUUGGUCGCAAGGAGAUCAUCGUAGCUGAAAAUGAAAUGCCUGGGCUUAUGGCACUGCGUCGCAAGUAUGGACCAUCAAAGCCACUGAAGGGUGCUCGGAUUGCUGGCUGUCUGCAUAUGACCAUUCAGACUGCUGUUCUAAUUGAAACUCUGCUUGAACUUGGAGCUGAGGUUCAGUGGUCAAGCUGCAACAUAUUUUCCACCCAAGAUCAUGCUGCUGCAGCCAUUGCUAAGCGUGGCGUUCCUGUUUAUGCAUGGAAAGGUGAAACGGAGGAGGAAUACAUUUGGUGCAUUGAGCAGACUCUUGUUUUCCCGGACGGCCAGCCACUCAACAUGAUCCUCGAUGACGGAGGAGAUCUAACAGCUCUUGUCCAUACCAAGUAUCCCCAGUACCUUUCUGGCAUUCGAGGCUUGUCAGAGGAAACCACUACUGGCGUCCAUCAACUAUAUAAGAUGAAAAAGGAAGGGACGCUCAAAGUUCCCUGCAUCAAUGUGAACGACUCUGUCACAAAGAGCAAAUUUGACAACUUAUAUGGCUGCCGUGAGUCGCUAGCUGAUGGCAUCAAACGAGCAACAGACAUAAUGCUUGCUGGCAAGGUGGCUUGUGUAGCUGGAUUUGGCGACGUUGGCAAAGGUUGUUCACAGUCCCUGCGUGGCUUCGGAUGUCGUGUGCUCAUCACGGAGGUUGAUCCCAUCAAUGCCCUGCAGGCUGCUAUGGAAGGCUUUGAGGUCACCACCAUGGAGGAUGCUGUAUCAAAGGCCUCUAUUUUUGUGACUGCUACUGGAUGCCGGGAUAUUAUACGAGGAGAACAUUUUGAGAAGAUGCGUAAUGAUUCCAUUGUUUGCAACAUUGGCCACUUUGAUAUCGAAAUUGAUGUCAAGUGGCUGGAACAGAAUGCUGCAGAAAAGAUUGAGAUCAAGCCUCAGGUUGACCGUUACAAGCUGAAAAAUGGCAAUCACAUUAUAUGCCUUGCUCAAGGUCGCCUCGUGAAUUUGGGUUGUGCUAUGGGACACCCAUCAUUCGUCAUGAGCACUUCUUUCACAAAUCAAGUGCUUGCUCAGAUUGAGUUGUGGACUAAAACUGACAAGUACAAGGUGGACGUGUAUUUCUUGCCUAAGAAGCUUGAUGAGGAAGUUGCAGCACUUCACCUCGGCCACCUUGGAGUGAAACUGUCCAAGCUGACAAAGGAGCAGUCCUCUUACCUCGGCAUUCCUUCUGAAGGCCCUUAUAAGCCGGAUUACUAUCGAUACUAGACUUGAUGGCAUUUGCCGCUAUGGUCUGCUGUUUCUUGAGAAAUUUGUUGGCCAAUUUUUAUGAUAAUAAAUUGGAAUGAUCAUUA